CGCACUGCACAGAACGAGGACGAUGCCGCACCCAGACCUCUCCAUCCCGCUCUUGCCAGACGCAGACGACCUUCCCCUCCCACAUCCGCACUAUACCUGGCCAGAGGCGGGCCCGAGUAGUCCCCGCGCCGCCGGCUUCUUGGGCAACGUGGACGCCGAGUAUGCGUAUACCCACCGCCGCCGUCCUCCAGGCGAGACAACAGGCGACGCGAGGGGCAGAAUACGGGAGAGACAGGGAAAUGGACAGGCGGGUGAGGAUGAGCGGGAUGGAGAUGGCGAUACGGGUACGGAUCCAUCGAAAGCGGGGCUAUUUGGAGCGAAAGCCAUAGCGGCGAUGACGGGCGCGAUGGCGACUUCCUUACUCAUGACACCGUUCGACGUCCUCAAGACCCGGCUUCAGACCGUCCCUCCUCAUUUACACCCAUCUUCCGUUGCUGCCGCUUUACCACCCUCCGCGUCUACUGUAAGCCCAGGCAGUGCUAGUGCAGCUGCGGCUGCAGCUGCAGAUUGCUGCCAAACGACAUACUCGGGAGCGGGGACGAGUAUAAAACCGGAACAUCCUCUCGUUUGCACCCACUCGUCAUCCGUCUCUAUCCCUUCUACUAAAACCGGUAUGGAUAUCUCUUCCAUCCGUCCUUCUCCUUCGCCUUCUCCUUCCCCGCCUCUAGCCUCGUCCUCAUCCCUAUCCUCAGGAGCUAGCACCAGCACUAGCGCCAGCGUGAACGCACUUCGCCCCCCGAGCGGAUGUCUGAACCCUUCUAAAUGGGCCGGUAUAUGGGGUGAACCCAUCCCGUCUGGUGUCCCAGGCGGAGCAGGAGGCGUCUUGGUCCUCCGAGAAGGACCAGGAGUCGCCCUCGGUAGUUUACAUCUGGGCGGAGCUGGCGGUGCCGGUGGAUCUUCCAGUAUCGGGGUAAAGAGUUUGUUGAGCUCGAUGAAAAGUUCAACGGGCGCGGUCUCUGCAGGGAUAGGAAGCACAGCGACGGGGGCAGGAGGGUUUUGGAAAGAGAUGGCUACUGUGAGAGCUGAGAGCGGGAUAAGAGGUUUAUGGAAAGGUGUGGGGACUGCCAUAACAAUGGGGAUACCUUCCUCGGCGAUAUACAUGCUCGGCUACGAAUAUUUAUCUACCAUCAUCUCACCUUAUUUCCUCGAUUCUUCCAAGCCCGUCUACACCACGCCAGCAUCUACGUCUUCUAUACCAGAACCGGAAUCGUUUGGCGAGGUCGAUACGGUGGUAUUCGAAUCUCUCUCUACGCUAUCAUCAGCAUCAGCAACAUCCACAGCGGCAACGACAGCAACGACGAGGACAUUGACGGCAAGUUUGACACCCGCCCCGCUUAUAGCGGGCAGUCUCGCCCGCACGUUAUCUGCCACCGUCAUCAGUCCCAUCGAAAUGUUCCGUACCCGUCUUCAAGCUCUUCCUAUCCCCGGAAGACCUUCUCCCACUUACACAUCCGUCACCAAAGACAUGUACCGCCUCGUCCAAUCCAGAGGCCCCAUCAUCCUCUACCGCGGCCUCGGUCCCACUCUCUGGCGAGACGUCCCUUUCUCCGGUAUAUACUGGGCCUCAUUCGAACUCUUGAAAACAUCCCUGACCUCUCCCGAUUCACCCCUUCCCUUCUCCCCCUUAUCCACCACCCUCGACCUCGGACCUAUCCCGAUCUCAUUCUUCUCCGGCUUCGUGUCCGGCACGUUUGCCGCCCUCUUGACGCAACCGUUUGACGUGCUGAAAACGAGGAGACAGGUGUUCAACCCCACCCCGGGCUGUGUCACGGACAGGCAGGGGGGGAUGAUUAGGGUGGCGGGCACGGUCAGUCUGGUGAGGCAUGUCGUGAAGACGGAGGGGUGGCGGGCGCUGUAUGCGGGGACGAGCGCGAGGUGUGGGAAAGUGGCGCCGGCGUGUGGGUUGAUGAUUGCGUGUUAUGAAGGGGUGGGCAGGUUGUUGGGUGGGGAGUAGGUGCGAGCGAAGCGAGGCACGUUGAAGAAGUGUAAAAAAAAACGGGAUUGAUUAGAUUGGGGACUCGGAUUUCAAAAUUAGAAAGCUAGCCUAGAAAAUUACAUUGUUUUUUUUAUAUAACAAACUCUUCUUCCUGUUUUUUUUUAUUUAUUGGUUAAUCAUUCACCAUUCGCAUCAAUGAUGAUUAUAAUGUGACAAGUGUUUUCCCGCCCCCGCACAAAAAAGGGAAAGAAUAGAACACACCAGGAUUAUACUAGAUAUUAGAUAAAUUAUGCGAGUGAUUUUCCAAG